AACGGAGAUGAAAACGCUGUCUCUGUGUCUCUCGGCAGGGUUGUGAUGGGAGAAGAGGACGGUACGCAUCCAGCAGAGAUGAGACUGUUCAGGAACAUUCCUCACAUGUCCUUCGAUGACGCAGCCAGGGAACCGGACCAGAUGUUCAGCCUGAACCGGGAUCCAGCGGGCGAGCUGGAGUACCCCACCAAAAUUGCCCGUUUCUCCAAUGUUUACCACCUCUCCAUCCACUUUCCAAAGAACUUUGGAGCGGAGACAACGAAGAUUUUUUAUAUAGGCCUGAAAGGAGAGUGGACAGAGGCUCAUCGCCAUGAAGUCACUAUCUGCAAUUACGAAGCAUCAGCAAACCCAGCUGAUCACAAGUUGGAACAAAUCACCCCACAGACUCACUUCAUCUCCUAA